UCUCUUUUUCUUUUCUUCUUUCUGUUUUGGCUUUUUGUUCUUUUCGCGUUUUCCAAAAAGGCUUCGGAUUUGGUGUCCCUCCUUUCGUUUUCACCACUCUGAUUCCGGGUCCAGCUAUUAGAUUGAUGUGUUUCCGUCCAUUCACACACGCCAUUUUCUUUUUUCAAUCUUCUAGUUUUGGAUGUAGACACAACCCCAGUUUGUGUUCAGAUUUUUCCUCGAGAAAAAAGUCACAAACUUUCGCUUUUUGAACGAACGUUGAAUGUGAUCACACCCCAGUUUGUGUGCAAUUUUUUGUUGGUUCAUCCGCACACUGUUUUUCUUAUCUGUAAAGCGCAAAACUGGAGCUUGUAAAAGGAGAUUCCUCAGAGCCGAAGAGGAAGAUGCACCUAGCCUUUUUUCUAACCUCUUUCUUCCUUUCUCUUUUGUUGGAGAAGAACAAUGAGAACAGAGUUGAAGAAGAAGAUAUCCAAGUCUUCAUGGCCAAAAUUUAAUGUAAGAAAGUGGCUCAAUAUAAGGAGCAACGAUGAUAAAUUUCACUCAGAUGCGUCAUAUUACUCUUUACCAGAGGGGUGGCUGAUGGACUCCACAAAUGAAUUGAAACAUUCGGCAUCAGUGAUGGAGGCACCAUCUGUCAUUGACAUUGACACGCUCAACCUUAGGAUGUUCGUGGGGACUUGGAAUGUUGGAGGAAAGUCACCCAACGAGGGAUUGAACUUGAGGGAUUGGUUGAUGUUGCCUUCACAAGCUGACAUCUAUGUCAUUGGGUUCCAAGAAAUUAUACCUCUAAACGCAGGAAACGUGCUUGGGCCAGAGGACAGUGGCCCAGCAUCGAAAUGGCUGAACCUUAUUCGUCAAGCCUUGAACUCUAACACAAGCUCCAGUGGAGAAAAUUCUCCUACAUCGUCUUUUAACAGUAGAAGGCAAUGCUGCCCAAAUGAACAACACUAUUAUUGCCUAGCAGCAAGCAAACAAAUGGUGGGUAUCUUCUUGUGUGUGUGGGUACGUGCGGAUCUUUACAAGCAUGUCAGCAAGUUAAAGGUGUCUUGUGUUGGUAGAGGCAUCAUGGGCUAUCUAGGAAAUAAGGGUUCAAUAUCAAUUAGCAUGACAUUGUACCACACAACGUUCUGCUUCGUUUGUACCCACUUGGCCUCCGGAGAGAAAGAUGGUGAUGAGGUGCGAAGAAAUUUGGACGUUUCAGAGAUAUUAAAGAAAACUAAAUUUUCACACUCAUUCAAAGCACUUGGCCAACCACUCCCUCCUGAAAGCAUAUUAGAGCAUGAUAAGAUAAUUUGGCUUGGGGAUUUGAAUUAUCGCCUUGCUGCUGCUUACGAUGAUACACUUGGGCUGCUGAAGAAGAAUGAUUGGCAGGCACUAUUAGAGAAGGAUCAGCUAAGGAUAGAGCAGAGAGCUGGUCGAGUAUUCAAAGAGUGGAAGGAAGGGAAGAUAUACUUUGCUCCAACUUACAAAUAUUUAUUUGAUUCUGACCAAUAUGUUGCCCAAACUAACAAGUCCAAGGAAAAACGACGAACUCCGGCUUGGUGUGAUCGAAUUCUAUGGAGAGGUGAAGGCGUGGAGCAGCUAUGGUAUGUGCGAGGAGAGUCCAAAUUCUCAGACCACAGGCCAGUGUAUUCACUAUUCUCGGUUGACGUGGACUUGACAUGUAACAAGCUAAGUAGUCCCUCUAUUGCUGCAUCAGAUAGCAGCUCAAUAAUCUCAACAAGGUCGUGUUCCUCUAGACCCUUAACAAACGCUGCCUUGUCCUCAUCUUGCUUUGCUAAAGUUCAGGCUGAGGAACAACUUUUGUUACUAACCAGGGUACAUAGACACAGGGUUCUGACUUAGUACAUAGGAUACUAUACAAACACUUUCCGAGAAAGUAAAGUAAGUACAUAAGAGACACGACCACCAAGUUGCCGCAGCUCGCGGUGUGCCCUGACAAAGCGUAAAGUGAGGGAAAAUCAAACAUUAGUUGUCAUGGUUCGGGUUCUGUGUUCCUCACUUUUUUUGUUGAAACAGAGGAUGGAUUAGUCUUUUAUGGGGUAAAAAGAUUAGGUUCUUUUCCAAGGAUAUUGCUAAAAAGUGUUUUUUAGCAUAUUGGUUAAGAAAUUAAAAGAAAAAAAUAUUUAUUGUAAAAAUUAUAGAAGAAUAUAAAAAAAUAAUUAACAACAUAAUUUUAUACAUCUCUAUAAGAAAAUCUUUCUUAUUUUAAUUUCUUAAGCAAUACUCUAAGAAUACUUCCUAGAUGGCCUUUGCCCUUUUCAUAAUUGCUCUCAUGCGAGCCUUGGCAAUUUGGCAUGCACCCUUCUGGCCCAGAUGAAAACUAUGUGACAUGUUGAGCUAGCAAUGAUUAGAGGACUGCAUUUGGUGUAAAAAGUGAGAAACAGAAGCGUGGCAGCGAUUGAAGUGAAGAAAAUAAUGGCUCGAUGUGUGGGAAUCUCUAAUCAUGCGUGCUCUUUUUUUAAGCUUUUUGGGUAUUAGAGGCUUAGCUUUUUUUAUAUAAGCUUGGAAUCUUGAAAAGGUUUGGUUGUUUUAGUAGAGGCCGGGGGAUGAUUUGCAUUUUGAUAAUCGGAUCGGUGGAGGUGAGAUUGAUAGCUGUUGAAAGUUGUAAAUUAAACUGUUUAUCAGUUUUGUUAUCGUUAUUCAAUACAAUGUAUGGAAUUUUGUUAUGUGAAAAAUCUAUAGCAGCUUAGUAUAAUAUUUGUUCA